AUGUCUUCGAUAGUCACAUUUAUAACUAUCAUUUCUGCUGUGAUAAUAGGAAAUAUUCUCUGUACUGAAGUUAAUAAUAACAGAAAUACUCACCAAAAUGCAUGGCAACAUAAUUGGUCAAAUGCUACGAAUACUCAAUAUGUCAAUACUCAGCAAUUUGGAAAAAAAUCUCCAACCACACCAUGGCCAGCUUUAGGUAGACAAAGAUAUCAAAAUAAUGUUCCAUCAUCUACAAGAGCUCCCCUAUGGGUAAGACCCAACAAUGGUCCUAGUUGGGUCAGAAAUACUCCAUCCCCUCAACAAAAUUCUAAUUUUCAAAACACAAGAACCCAAACUCAUACCAAUAAUUUUUUAAACAAUGAAAGAGAAAUAGUAAAUGAAGGAAAAUCUGCAAACCUACCAAAUAGAAAUACUGACAGAUUUAACAAUAAUAAUGGAAUAAAUAGUGUAUUUUCUUCAGGGUCUAUGAUGAGCGAGACCAGAGACUCUCAUAGACAAAAUCAAGGAUCUAAUGGUAAUCAAAAUAGUGAUGUAAGUGAUGAUGAGUUAAGACAGUUUUCAGAAGAAUUGUUAAAUAGAGAUAAUAGUCCUGCUCAAUAUGUUUCUGUGAACUUUCAAGGCAUGACAUCAUCACGGUCUACUAAUGAUGAAGCUCCUUUGCCACUACUUUCUAUUGACCAAGCAGCAUAUUCGAUGCCCUCAAUUUCAAAACUUACUCCUUUGUAUAACAACUACAUUGUGGAGACAAAUCAGAAUGAAGUUUAUACAGCUCAAGAAAAAAAUGAAGAAAAUGAUCUUCUUGGUGUAGUAUUGUCAACACCUGUAAUGCAACAUACAAGAAAUUUUUUGAUUAGUAAAGGUAAAAUUGGAAGAGACCCACAAGAAUUCAAGGAAUUGCUUCGAUUGAUUUGGUUUAAUAUGUACUCAAGGGGUCAAGGAAAAAUUGGUUCUAGUGGAUUUGAACAUGUGUUUCUAGGAGAAUUAAAAAAUAACCAAGUGUCUGGACUGCAUAAUUGGGUUUAUUUUGGCGAAGAAGAAAAAAAACAUGAAAUUAACUAUUUAGGUUAUAUGAAGAAGAUUGACUUGGGAGGUAAAGGAUUUAUCCUCAAAUUUCACUUUACAUUCCAUGGUGUGGAUAAACCUGUUGAUUCUAUGUUCGUCGGCACUAGUCCUGAACUGGAAAUGGCUUUAUACUCAACUUGUUUUAUACUAAGAGCCGAUAGAGUGUGUCCGCUUAAAAUGAAUGGAAACCGUUUUAUUAUCAGGACAUAUACCUUUAGAUAUCGAGGAAAAAAUAUGAUUGGAAGUGCUUUUGCUGAGAUUUAA